CUCUCUCUCUCUCUCGUCUCUGUUUCUAUUUUUCUCUCAAACCCAAACAUUUCUCAUCCAGUCUCUAAUGGCGAUAGGUGGCAAGCUGAUGAAACUCAAGUCAGUACUCAAAAAGCUCAACUCAUUCAACAAACAAAGCGGCGGACGUCCUAGGAUUACCUCCGUAGUCGCAACCACAGAUGAUUCCUGCGCCAACGCCGGCGACCUUCACCCUGUUUACGUCGGAAAAUCCAGGAGACGAUAUCUCAUCAGCUCCGACAUUAUCGAUCAUCCGCUUUUCAAAGAACUGGCUGAGCGAUCAAACGAUUCGUCCCACACGAUAAACGUGGCGUGCGAGGUUGUGUUGUUUGAGCACUUGCUUUGGAUGCUGGAAAAUGCCGAUCCACAGCCCGAGUCUUUAGAGGAACUCGCUGAGUUCUACGUUUGUUGACUGUUGAACUUGCAUGCUACGGUAAACAGAAAUAUUAAAUAUUAAUAACGUUGAGUGAAGUGAUUGUGUGAGGUCACUCCUAUGCUAUAAAGUUGCAAAUGAUGAUGCAAUUUUAAUAAUUAUGAUUAGCGGUGUAAGUAGAGGACCGAAGAUUCCAGAGAGAAGAGAAGAUUAAAGCAAUUUGAGAAUGAUGAGAGGAAUUCGUUGCUUUCAACGGUGAGGAUUAAUUAACCCAUUGUACACCGGCUAAUCGCUACGCCUGGUGAUCGUUAUUUGUAGUUAUCGCUACUGUCAUUGUUUAUUUAUUUAAUUAUUUUUGCUAUAAUAUUAAUAUAUUUGUAUUUAUUUUUUUA